AUGAUCUCCGCCGUGUCCAGCCCGUGGCUCACGCAGCUCUCGCACUUCUGCGACGUUGCAGCCUUCGCGGCCGGCAGCCUGAGCGGCCUGGGGGCGGCGGGGGGCUUCGCGGGCGCCGCCUCGCCGGGCGCCGACCCGUACGGCCCGCGCGAGCCCCCGCCGCCGCCGCCGCCGCCGCCGCCGCCGCGCUACGAGCCCUGCGCCGCCGCCGCCGCCGCCCCCGGCGCCCCGGGCCCGCCGCACGCCUACCCGUUCGCGCCGGUCGCCGGGGCCGCCGGCAGCGCCGCCGCCGAGCCCGAGGGCCCCGGGGCCCCCCGCGCGGCCGCCGCCAAGGCGCCGGUGAAGAAGAACGCGAAGGUGGCCGGCGUGAGCGUGCAGCUGGAGAUGAAGGCGCUGUGGGACGAGUUCAACCAGCUGGGCACCGAGAUGAUCGUCACCAAGGCCGGCAGGCGCAUGUUCCCCACCUUCCAAGUGAAGCUCUUCGGCAUGGACCCCGUGGCCGACUACAUGCUGCUCAUGGACUUCGUGCCCGUGGACGACAAGCGCUACCGGUACGCCUUCCACAGCUCGUCCUGGCUGGUGGCUGGGAAGGCGGACCCCGCCACGCCGGGCCGCGUGCACUACCACCCGGACUCGCCGGCCAAGGGAGCUCAGUGGAUGAAGCAGAUUGUGUCCUUCGACAAGCUCAAGCUGACCAACAACCUGCUGGACGACAACGGCCACAUCAUCCUGAACUCCAUGCACAGAUACCAGCCGCGCUUCCACGUGGUGUACGUGGACCCGCGCAAAGACAGCGAGAAGUACGCCGAGGAGAACUUCAAGACGUUCGUGUUCGAGGAGACACGCUUCACCGCGGUCACUGCCUACCAGAACCACCGGAUCACGCAGCUCAAGAUCGCCAGUAACCCUUUUGCCAAAGGCUUCCGAGACUGCGACCCCGAGGACUGGCCCCGGAACCAUCGGCCCGGCGCGCUGCCGCUCAUGAGCGCCUUUGCGCGCUCGCGGAACCCCGUGGCCCCCGCCGCGCAGCCCAGCGGCGCGGAGAAAGAGGCGGCCGAGGCGCGGCGAGCCUUCGAGCGCGACGCGGGCGGCCCGGCCGUGCUCGCGGACCCGGCGCACCCGCCGCCGCUGCUGGCGCGGGUGCUGAGCCCCGCGCUGCCCGGCGCCCCCGGAGGCCGGCCCAGCCCCCCGCACCCCGAGCUGCGCCUGGAGGCGCCCGGCGCGUCGGAGCCGCUGCACCAUCACCCCUACAAGUACCCGGCCGCCGCCUACGACCCCUACCUCGGGGCCAAGAGCCGGCCGGCGCCCUACCCGCUGCCCGGCCUGCGCGGCCACGGCUUCCACGCGCACCCGCACCCGCACCACCACCCCGCCGUGAGCCCCGCCGCCGCGGCCGCCGCCGCCGCCGCCGCCGCCGCCGCCGCCGCGGGCAUGUACUCGUCGGCCGGGGCCGCGCCGCCCGGCUCCUACGACUACUGCUCCAGAUAGUGCGGGCGCCCGCCCGGCCCGGGACCCCCCGCCAGCCGCAGGGCUGGCCCAGGACCCGCUCCCCGGCCCGGUCCGCGCCGCCCGCGCCGGAAGGAAGCGCUAUUUAUUGUUCUCGGCGAGACCGCGACAUCCCCCCGGCCGGGCCGGCAGCCGCCGCGUAGACGACCCGAGAGCGCGCCCGCGGGCGCUGUAGAUACGUGUAGAUAUUUGUAGAUAACUGUGCACAGCGAGCCGCCGCCGUCUCCAUAAACGGU